CCUCCUCUAGGCGGCCGCGGGGCGGCCUCGCUGGUGCGGCGGGGGCGGGGCCAGGGCCCGGGCGGCCGCUGUCGCGCCAUGGCGGACGAGGGCGACUCUGAGUCGGGGAAGUCAUUUAAACUCCUAGGAUUUCUUGAUGUUAAAAGUGUCCCGUGUGCACGAGAAUCAGUGCUCUAUGGCUCCGUGGGAUCUUUAGUUGUGGGUCUUGGACAUUUUUUAGCAACCAGUAGAGUUAGAAGAUCUUGUGACUUUGCAGUUGGUGGCUUUAUUUGCACAAUGUUAGGAUACUGGUUUUACUGCAGAUACAAUUUGGCCCAACAGAGGAUCCGGCAAAGAAUGCUUAGAGAAGGAAUGAGGAACAAACUUUUAUUUGAAGGCAGUUCUCUUGAUCCAGAAAGAAAACAAACUGGCAGUGAAAGAAGCAAUUCAUAGUCUGCUACAGAGGAGUCUGUGAUCUAAUACAGCUUUGGGAUAAGGUGGUCCAAAAAUGGCAGUGUUCCCUGUAAAUGUGUGAGGUGCCUCAAACUGAUAAAUCAUGCUGAUUUUCCUAGCAAAUCCAAGCAAGAAGUUCAUGGUGAGUCUGUUAAGUCAGUUUACAAGCCUUUCUUUGUUUCAUAGGUGUAUGUAUAUAUGUGACUAUGUACACAGUUAGGAAUGACCUAUUAAACAUCUGGGAACUGAUGUGUUCUAUUACAGGGUCUCGGGAUUAGUGGCAAAUUGGGACUGCUUUAACUUCAGUUAUAGACAGAAUGGUUCAUUUUGGCAAUUGUAAUUACAUCUCAUUUAAAAAUAGGAAAAUAUUUUAAUCAGCUGUUCUCUGAAUGAAUGUAUCCUUCAGUGCUACUGUUACUUCUGUUUGUAAAACAGAAAUAUUUUACCUGUGGGUGAAGGCUUUGCUUGUGCAAGGUGGGUGAUAUCAGUAGCCUUCAUAAGAUUUCAGCAACAGAAGAACUUCAGAUAAUUUAUAUACACUGUGCACUGUGAAGUUGAAGCAUUUCCAUUUUUGUUCUGUCUGUGUGAAAACUAAGAAUAAAAUCACACUUCAGAAGCAGUCUAA